GUUUGGUUGAAAAAGGAAAAGAAUUGGUAAGAUGUGGAAGUUGAAGAUAGGAGAAGGAGGGAAGGGGCUGAAAUCCGCCAAUAAUUUCGUGGGUCGUCAACAUUGGGUGUUUGAUCCAAACGCAGGAACGGUUGAAGAACGCAAUGAGAUAGAAAGGCUAAGACACCAAUUCACACUAAACAGACAUUCCAUCAAACAAAGCUCAGAUCUCUUCCUCAGGAUGCAGCUGAGAAAAGAGAAUGGAUGUGGGGUGAUUCCAGCGGCAGUGAAAGUAAGAGAUAGAGAAAAUGUUACGAUGGAAGCGUUGAUAAGUACAAUAAGAAGAGGCAUCAGUUUCUAUUCAUCCAUUCAAGGAAGUGAUGGGCACUGGCCUGCAGAAUCAGCUGGGCCUUUGUUUUUCCUUCAACCAUUGGUGAUGGCAUUAUACAUCACAGGAUCUCUUGAUGCUGUUUUAGGAGCUGAACACAAGAAGGAAAUAGUGAGAUAUUUGUAUAAUCAUCAGAACGAAGGGGGUUGGGGAUUUCAUAUAGAGGGUGAUAGUACAAUGUUCGGAUCAGCACUGAGCUACAUUGCGUUGAGGAUACUUGGUGAAGGUGUUGAAGAUGAGGCAAUGUACAGAGGAAGAAAGUGGAUCCUGGAGCAUGGUGGUUUAGUGGCUAUUCCCUCGUGGGGAAAGUUCUGGGUCACGGUACUUGGUGUCUAUGAAUGGUGUGGAUGUAAUCCUCUUCCACCGGAGUUUUGGCUUCUACCCAAAGCCGUUCCCAUUCAUCCAGGGAAAAUGCUUUGCUACUGUCGAUUGGUUUACAUGCCCAUGUCAUACUUAUAUGGUAAGAGGUUCGUGGGUCCCAUCACCGCCUUAAUCAGAUCACUCAGACAAGAAAUGUAUACUGAGCCUUAUGAAGCAAUCAACUGGAACAAAGCCCGCAACACUGUUGCUAAGGAGGAUCUUUACUAUCCACAUCCUGUGAUCCAAGACAUGUUAUGGGGAUUUCUUCAUCACGUGGGAGAGCGUUUUCUGAAUUGCUGGCCCUUCUCUAUGCUCAGACAGAAGGCAUUAGAAAUAGCAAUUAACCAUGUACGUUACGAGGAUGAGAACAGUAGAUACCUUUGCAUUGGAAGUGUAGAGAAGGUUUUAUGCUUGCUUGCGCGUUGGGUUGAGGACCCUAACUCAGAGGCAUACAAACUUCAUUUAGCCCGAAUCCCCGAUUACUUCUGGCUCGCAGAAGACGGCUUGAAAAUCCAGAGUUUUGGGAGCCAAAUGUGGGAUGCUGCAUUUGCUAUUCAAGCAAUACUUAGUUGUGAUGUGAGUGAGGAGUACGGGCCUACACUUCGUAAAGCACACGACUUCGUCAAGGCUUCACAAGUGAGUGAAAACCCUUCUGGUGACUUCAAAGCAAUGUACAGACACAUAUCCAAAGGAAGCUGGACAUUCUCAAUGCAUGAUCAAGGUUGGCAAGUCUCAGACUGCACCGCAGAAGGACUCAAGGCUGCACUCCUUCUGUCAGAAAUGCCAACUGAUCUAGUAGGGGACCAAAUGGAAACACAGCGAUUUUGUGAUGCUGUUAAUGUCAUCCUUUCUCUACAGAGCAGUAAUGGUGGUUUCCCUGCUUGGGAACCUCAAAGAGCAUAUCGUUGGUUAGAGAAAUUCAACCCAACUGAAUUCUUUGAAGACACACUGAUUGAGACGGAGUAUGUGGAAUGCACUGGAUCAGCAGUGCAGGCCCUUUGUGUCUUCAGAAAGUUAUACCCAAAACACAGAAGAAGGGAAAUAGAUAGCAGUAUUUGGAAAGCAAUCGAUUUCAUUGAAAGGAAGCAAAAUGGUGAUGGAUCGUGGUACGGUUGUUGGGGUAUUUGCUAUACAUAUGGUACCUGGUUCGCUGUGGAGGGACUAAGAGCCUAUGGAAAGAAGUACCAUAACAGCCCUUCCCUACGCAAGGCUUGUCAGUUUUUGUUGUCAAAGCAGCUUCCUAAUGGUGGAUGGGGAGAGAGUUAUUUGUCCAGCCAAAACAAGGUUUAUACAAACCUAGAAGGCAACCGUGCAAACUUAGUUCAAACUUCGUGGGCCCUGUUGUCCCUUAUGCAUGCAGGACAGGCUGAGAUAGAUCCCACACCCAUACACCGUGGAAUAAAGUUACUUAUCAAUUCACAAAUGGAAGAUGGAGAUUUCCCACAGCAGGAGAUCACGGGAGUAUUCAUGAGGAACUGUACACUGAACUACUCAUCUUAUCGAAACAUCUUUCCCAUAUGGGCUUUGGGAGAGUAUCGUCGCCAAUUAUUGCAUGCUUAACUCAACUUGGUAAUUGCUUUGCUUCUCCACUACGCAUCAAUCAACUCCUUCCUACGUACAUGUGUAAUAUAAUUUACAUUUCAAAGGAUUCUGUGCUUGCCAGCACAAUAUAAAAUAAAUCGUUCAGCGUGUGAUUGUAAUAUUCAAUUAGUCUUUCAAGGAGAACCUGUCUGUAACACUAAGCAUAAACAAUACUUAAUUUCAAGUUA